CUGUUACAUCUUGUUAGCAAAUUGGUUUAAUUUUUUUUUAAAUAUUUGAGAUUAUGGGAUACAUCCACAAAGUACAGAGUGUCACUCAUCUGUAGCCACAGAGGUUUAACAAAUGUUGCCAUUUUCUACUGACAUCUUGUUCCGGGUUGGUGGACACUGGAGCAGUCCAGUUACUAUAGACCAUCCUAGUAGACAUGAGUGCUUUAAGGUCAUGGUGAUGUUCUGCUUAUAUAAUCCGUGCGGACACCGUGCCCACACACACACACUUUGUAUGUUUGCCUGGGGGACAUCCUAAGGGGGGACCGACGUCUGCUCCCUCUCUUGCCUCAGCUGUGUCACUACCUAAGCGUGUGAUGUUUUUGUUGUGUUUUGAAGACAAGGUCUCUGUAGCUAUGUAGACCAGGCUGUUCUCAACUGAUGGAUCCACCAGUCCUCGGGGGAGUGACUGUCCUCUCCGGUGUAGUGGACUGCUUGUCAUAACCCCUAGGCUCACAGGUGUUGGGAGGCAUAGAGAACUAAAGUGCAGAAACUUCCCUGGGCUUGGUUCAGGAGAUUCCAGCUCUUCCCACUUUAGCUCUACAAGAGCCUCUCUACCCCUUUUCCCGGGUCGCGCUGGGGGCGGGGUGGCGAAAUGUUUCUGUGACGUCAGCAUGCGCAGGGCCAAUCCCCCUGCCCGGGAGACGUUAAAUCAUUUGCUUGGGUCCUCAGUCAUUGGUCUCUUCAGCCAUCUGGGUUGUCUCAGCUUUUUAAAGGCGCCGCAUAACGGUACAGAAAGCUAGAGUCGAAAGGAGAGGUGAGCUAUGAGGUCAUCGCAGGCUUGCCUGGCUUGGGAGUGACGUCAUCUCCGGGAAGUGUGCUUGCCGGGCUGAGAGCGGUCCUCUCACUCGGCUGCGUGAGAGGCUGCGUGCCCCACAAAGGCCGCGGCCCUAAGAAGGGUUGUGAGCCCCGGCCCAGCCCCUCCACCUCCCUGCCCUCCUGAUGAGACCAUGGACUCUGGCAGUGACUAAGUGGCCACCCUCUGCCCCUGUGGGUCACUGGCGAGUCUCUACAAGACCUAGCAGCAGUCCAGGCCAGCUCUGGGGAAGCUGCUGCCCCGACCAUCACACCUCUCUGUAGAGGAGCACCGAGCCUCAGCUCCUGCCGGCAGGAGCCCCCGAAUGCUGCACCCAGCCACCCAGCAGAGCCCGUUCAUGGUUGAUCUCCACGAACAGGUGCACCAGGGACCUGUCCCUCUGUCCUACACAGUCACCACAGUGACGACCCAAGGCUUCCCUUUGCCUACAAGCCAACACAUCCCUGGCUGCAGUGCCCAGCAGCUCCCAGCAUGCUCCGUGAUGUUCAGUGGGCAGCACUACCCCCUCUGCUGCCUCCCACCUCCGCAGCUGAUCCAGGCGUGCACCAUGCAGCAGCUCCCCGUGCCCUACCAUACCUACCCCCACCUCAUCUCCAGUGACCACUACAUCCUUCACCCCCCACCGCCGGCCCCACCGCCCCAACCUACCCACAUGGCACCGCUUGGUCAGUUUGUGUCCCUGCAGACCCAGCACCCACGUAUGCCACUGCAGCGGCUGGAUAAUGACAUGGACCUUCGAGGAGACCAGCACCCCUUGGGUAGCUUCACUUAUUCCACUUCCGCCACUGGCCCAGCCUUGUCGCCCUCAGUGCCCCUUCACUACCUACCCCAUGAUCCACUGCACCAGGAGCUGUCCUUUGGUGUGCCAUAUUCCCACAUGAUGCCGCGAAGACUGAACACACAAAGAUACCGCCUGCAACAGCCGCUGCCACCACCCCCACCGCCGCCGCCACCAUCUUAUUACCCAAGCUUCCUACCCUACUUCCUUUCAAUGCUGCCAAUGUCACCAACCACCGUGGGCCCCACCAUCAGCCUGGAUCUGGAUGUGGAUGAUGUGGAGAUGGAGAACUAUGAGGCUCUCCUGAACCUGGCUGAGAGGCUGGGAGAUGCCAAACCCCGAGGCCUCACCAAAGCAGACAUAGAACAACUGCCGUCAUACCGCUUUAACCCUGACAGCCAUCAGUCCGAGCAGACUCUGUGUGUGGUCUGCUUCAGUGACUUUGAGGUGCGGCAGCUGCUCCGAGUCCUCCCCUGCAACCACGAGUUCCAUGCCAAGUGUGUUGACAAGUGGUUGAAGGCCAACCGGACCUGUCCCAUUUGCCGGGCGGAUGCCUCCGAGGUGCCCAGGGAGGCUGAGUGAGGCUCCUCCACAGCCGCCCACAGGAACCCUGCCCAAAGCUCCGGAAACGGGUGGGGGGAAGCAGGGAGUGGCCCAGGGAGAACUGUAAGGGAGGGGCCAGGCCUGUCAGCAUUCCCACCUGCAACUCCAGAGCUGGUGCCAGGGUCAGCCCUGGAGAAGCCCCUGCAAUAAGCCCCUGCAUUUGCCAAGCUCCAAAGACUCCUUCCCCAAUCUGCCUGCCUGCCUGCCUGCCCGCCAUGGAGCUGCCUGAGUGUCCCCAACUCAGUCUGCCUCUUACUUGCCCCUGGGUCCUUCUUCCUGCUGGCUCUGGGAGGCAGGAGUCCACUCCCCAAGUGUGGUGGCUCGUGUGAUUCCCCAGGCCCCGAAACGGGCAAAGGAAUAGCCACCCUGGGUCAACUGGUCUCUUGUACUGAAGUGAUGUGUCCUCCUCUGCCCUAGUGGGACUGCCUGUGUGUGGGCAGGUAGUAGCCAGAGACCAUUUCCUUUGUUCUCCUGUUUGGUUCCAGACAGAGUUAGGCAGUCAGCUCUGCCUCCGCUGCUGUGCGGUGUGGGUCUGACUCCCCAGGACCCUUACCCCAGGCACAGCAUUUCAGCUUGCCCCCAGAUUGGAGAGGAUCCCAGCCAGGCUCCAUGAGCAAAUGGGACAGGGCUCCAAGCUGGAUACAUUGUGUUCUGCAGUAGCCGAGCCAUGAUCUGGGCAUGUCCUUGUGUUCCUGGUGGGUGCCCCUCCACCAGUGACAGUGUCAGACCCAUGCUCGAUCUUCCCCCCACCCCCUCUGUCGUUUUGCAUGAAUGUGAGGAACAGCAGUUUUUGUUUAUUCAUUUGGCCCAAAAUUGCGUGUAGGGGGUGUGGAUAUUUAAGAGGUGUUUGGUUUUUUAUUAUUAUCUUAUUUUCCCUUUGGUUUAAUAGGAGUGGGGGCAUAGGGACCAACCGGGACCAAAUGCCCAGGGGGCAGAGUAGGGUCAGGUUGUGCCACACCAGGCCUCCACAUAAAUGUGGCUGGAAGUCACAGGGCAGAGUUGGGGGGUCUGUGCUCAGCUGAUAACUGCCAUGCACUGUACUGCACAUGUCCCUAGAGCCUACCGGGACCGUCUGCUUUUCAGGGCAUCUCCUCUCCAGCCAGGGUUUGUGUCCCACCUGCCUGGGUGAGUCUCCUAGCAAUCCCCUGAGGACAGGGGUCAGGGAGGGCGCGAACCUCCACCUCAGGGGGCCCCUCCCAGCCUGAUUCCUGCCCUCCAAGGUCUGGAGGAGGCUGUGUUCCUUACCCUCCUUUCAGGUCCCAUUCCUUUCCUUUCUUACCGCCAACUGGGGUUGCUGCCCGGACUGAACGAACUGCGUGUGGGGCCGGCACAUCCUAGCAGGCAGCCAUUGGCGCCUGCUGCCUCAGGGAUGCUCCAACCACCCUCGUUCUCACAGCAGCCCUGGCUCCCUGCCCCACCCCAGCCUGCCAGGGGCCCAUUGGCCUGGUCCCACCCCACAAGAACCCAAAGUCUUACUGUAUAUAACUCCAGGUGAUGUUUCUAUAUUUAUAGCAGUGUUGAAAAUCCACGUUUUACACAGAGAACCACCUUCUCCAACCCCCAUCCCUUCCUCACCCCAAAAAAGGUUUUCAAACCCUUGUGGUUCCUGGGGCAGCGGAAUUGGCUCAUGGAUUGUGUCGGCUGCAGUGAUGAUUCCAACAAGCAGCUAUAGGGGGAAAUACACCUUUUUUUUAAUCAUUUAAAAAAGAUUUAUGAAACAAUUACUUAGGAUGUUUGUGAUUUGCCGACCUUGCUGUAGAUGCCAUGUUACCAAUGAUUUCCUGUGGUGGGGGCUUGGCAAUGUUUACUCUUUAUUUACCGACUUCUGGCCUAGGCAUGACAGUGGGCACCUUCCCCAGCACUGCUGGGCCCAGCGCCUGUGUUCUGUGUUAGAAAAGUUUUAUAUAUAUAUAUAGAUAACUAAACACACACAUAUAUAUAUAUAUAAACACAUGUGAUUUGGGGGCCCUGUUCCUUGCACAUCUUACAGUUACCUCAUUUUUCCCAUGUAUGUAUUUGAGAAAAUGCUAAUAUAUAGAGACAAAUGGUUCUUAAAGCUUAAAUGUGUGGUUUUUUCCAUCCCAUUGGACUCACAUUGGUUUGUAGCAUUUAACAUAACUAGUAUGUUGUAUUAUAUAUGUGUAUACUGAUUGAAAUUUUUAACAGAUUUGUACUUUUUUUAAAAUGAAAGUUGCUAGUUCUGCUUGACCAAGUAGUGCAAUCAUUAUUUUUUUUAAUAUUGUUGCUGAUUUCAGAGGGAUAUUCACUAAUAAAUGUAUGAUGUAUACAAGUGCUGCCCAA